AUGUCGCGAAGGAGCUCACUAAUAAAACUCAUAUUUCUUAGUGUUUUGAUUGCAGUUGGAUUUCUCAACAUUAUUCUAAGUUGUGCUCUAUUUGAUAACUGGCUCCCAAUAUUGGUUGUGGUCAUAUUCCUUAUAGCAUCCCUUCCGAACAGCAUAGCGAAAUGUGCCACCUCUUCAUAUGAUUCAAACUUUCUAGGAGAUUUUGACGAUGAUGGAGUGGUGGGAAAUCCAGUAGUGGAAUUCUGCCAUUUUCUUACAGGUUUACUUGUUGUCAGCGGUACAUGUCUUCCAAUGGCAUUAUAUCAUUGCCAUCUUAUUACUGGUUAUAGCUUUGCUUUAAGUUUAACGGGUGGCUUCCUCAUUUACUUGAGCAUAGUACUUUUCUCUGUGGGAUUUAAAGAUGAAGAGAAUGAUGACUACGACUUUUAA